AUGAAAUAUUUUUUGUUGUUCGUCGAUGACUUUAGUCGGAUGGCAUUUGUUUAUUUCUUGAAGACCAAAGAUGAAGUAUUUUCUUUUUUCAAAGCAUUCAAGACGUUAGUAGAAAAUCAGACAGGCAGAAAGUUGAAAGUGUUGAGGUCAGAUAAUGGUACAGAAUUCUGCAGUAAGGAAUUUGAAAAUUUCUUGCAAUUGGCCGGAAUAGUACAUCAAAAAACCUGUGCAUACACACCGGAACAAAAUGGUCUCUGUGAAAGGUACAAUCGUACAAUUGUAGAAAAAGCGAGAUGUUUGUUAUUCGAUGCAGGAUUGAAAAAAUGUUUUUGGGCAGAAGCAGUAAACACUGCAGUUUAUCUGCGGAACAGGUCAAUCGCAUCAGGAUUGGAUAACAAGACGCCUAUAGAAAUAUGGACCGGUACUAAGCCAGAUGUCAGUAAUCUACGAAUCUUUGGAAGUAAGGCUAUGGUACACAUACCAAAAGAAAAAAGGUUAAAAUUGGACAGAAAAGCAACUGAUGGUAUUCUUGUUGGUUACUCAGACAACAUAAAAGGUCACCAAGUUUACAAUCCCAAAAAUAACAAAGUAACAAUAGCAAGAGAUAUUGUUGUGAUUGAGGAGGGGAUUGACCAGAAACAAGAAGUGAUACACAUUAAUAUUAGUGAGGGCACAAAUGAUAUCUUUCCUAUGAAAGAAGAAAGGGAAGAAUGUACCCAAGAAGUGGGGAACAUGAUGCACACAAAACCAGAGAAAGAUCAGGAGCAGAAAGAGGUACUGAGCCUCAAAGAAAGCCAUGACACUGACGGCUUUGAGGACUCCGAAGACGUACUAGCAGCUGAACCUGCGGAGCCUGUACCAGCCAGGCCACAGCUUCCUUCUCAGCCAAGGCACUCUCCCAUGUUGCCGGUGGAAAUGCCUGCUAAGCGCCUACGCAAGCAGACUGAUCGUUACGGUUUUGGUGUUGUGUGUGAAGGUCAAACCAGUGAAACAAGUGCUAGUGAAAUAUCUCUAAAUUGA